UCGAAAUAAUCGUAAGCAGAGAAGGCAAAAAGAAAAUUAACCAUGCUAAAAAAAAGAGUAAAGUUUCAUGUGAGUUUAAACGCCCGUCACCUAAGCAAUUACAAAUUCAUAAGAAUGAAUUUUGUGUUGAAUUCAAGGAAAUAUGUAAAAGACGCACAAUGUCGCCGUCGCCGUCGGUGGUGAAAAUGAGGGUUACUUCUAACUCCUUAACUAUUAAGGUUUUAUUUAUGGAAUUUGGAGAUCUCGACCGUGUGGGUAAUGGUAGUGGACGUGGGAAUACUUUUCCGGUGGUUUCUUGUACGAUAUGCCUCGAUAUCAUUACUGAUAAUGGUGAUCGAUCAAGUGUAAAACUGCAAUGCGGGCAUCAAUUCCAUUUGGAUUGCAUUGGCUCUGCCUUCAAUGCAAAGGGAGCUAUGCAAUGUCCAAAUUGUCGAGAAACAGAAAGAGGUCAGUGGCUUUAUUCAAAUGGUUCCCGUUCACAUGCUGGGUUUAACAUAGAGGACUUGGUCCAUGAUGCAAAUCCCUACGAUUCUAGCAAUGCUACAAUGAGGCUUGUAGUUGCCCAGGGUCCUCUUCAUGGAUUUGUGCGACUUCCAACAUCCUUUGACAGAGGUGUUCUUUUGCCAAUCGUGUAUGAUGGUCUCCGCAGACAACAUGUUGUGCUUGUUCAACCUACAGCUGUAUCGCCUGCUUAUCAUCUUCGGCCAUAUGCUGCCUACUCUGGAACAAAUUCUUCAUCUUCACAUUUCAGUCGAAGUGUUUCUAAUGGCUCUACUUUAAGCAGUCGGUGGAAUAGCCGAACAGCUCCAACAAGCAGCCACAUUGAUGGUCCUGAUCAGCCCUUCUUCCCAUCGAUGACUCAGAGUGUAGCUAGGGACAAUAUUAGUAUGCCGAGAUUAGGAUCUUUUGUCCAUCCAUCUGCUGUUGACCAUGGCACUGAUGGUAGAGCUGGAAUCUCAGUUGCCACCUCGAUGCGAACUCCAUACCCGGAUAGUGCUGCUCGUUCGCGGGAACGUAUGCUAGCUCUCCAGGCAUAUUAUCAGCAUCCUCCUGUAAUUUCACAAGGUGUGCACACUCCCCUCUUGCCCCCUACGCGAGAAUCCAACGGGCAGAUGAACAUGACUCAAGUUGAACCAGGUGCCGCGUCGUCUGAGCAGGCCAGCGGGUUCCCAUCAACCUCGUUAGCGGGAAGAAAUCAUUCAGAAACACAAAACUCUAUGCCAAAUCCUUGUCAUGCCUGGGAAAGAGAACAGUCUACCUCCCUUCCAUCAAGUGGAAAUGAGAGAGAACCAAUUCGGGUGCCCUCUCAUGAGCUUUUGGGUGCCCCUAAUGCUGGUGUCAGGCCUGCCAACAUUAGGUAGAGAGAAUGCCAUCUCUACACCUAUCCUGAACUUGUUCUGUUCUAUCUGCUUCUGUUGGUUAAAGAUGUUAUCACCAUGACUUAGAACUUUAAACUUAAAAAUGUGUGUCUCCUGAAGUCUCGACUAAUGGUAUAUGUAUGUUUGGUCUGUGAGGCUGACAUAGUGACUGGUAUGUGAAUUCUGUUGGUUAUCACCGUGACUUGAAACUUGAAACUUAAAAAUCCGUCUCGUGAAGUCUCGACUAAUAUAUAUGUAUGUUUGGUCUGUCA